AUGACUCUUGGUACAUAUGGUGAAAACGAGUAUGUGGCUGAUGCUUACGCAAUAUUUUGUGCUGGAAAGUGGGAUCGGGUACAACCAGUGGACCAUAUGCUAGUGAAAUACUGGGAUUUCCUUGCUGCUGCUGGUGGUUAUGAGGAAGCAUUUGCUGAGAAUGGGAAAGAGGAGUACACUCCAAUCGAUAUUUGGAGCAUAGGAUGCAUAUUUGCAGAAAUGCUUACAGGGAAACCAUUGUUCCCUGGAAAGAAUGCGGUGCAUCAAUUGGAUCUCACGACUGAUUUGCUUGGAACUCCACCGGAAUCCAUUGCCAGGGUCAGUCUUCCCUUUCUUCUGAUUGUAAAUUGCAGUGGCAAAAAUCAACUACAAAAUUUGUUGGGAAUUUUGGGCAGUAGUUCUAGCAAUCCCAGUUAA